GUUUUACCGGUCUCAGCGCACGUCGGUAAAAUGGCUGUAUGUAGCUGAGCCUCGUGCUGGUGUGAUCCGUUCCGCGGCUGUAGUCUACUUCUGCAACAGAACCCCCCACAAAUUCCGCGUCGGUUAAAUUUCAUUCCCCGGGAACUCAAUUUAGGGUGCUAGAGAGUCUAAAAAACGGAGCCGACGGUGGAGUCCGGAUUCGGUCCGGCGUGAGGGGUGGGGAUGAGUCGGGACACGGGUAAAUUGUUGUAAAACUAUUGUAUUUACAUUCAAUGUUCAGCGUUUGAUUGUGACCGACUCGCCGAAAGGGAGAGGGGGGUAUCAUGGCCGCUCAGGUCGCCAGCGCUACCUCUCUCAACACCAGUCCGCCUUCCGAACUAAAAAAACCGGAUCGAGACCCAAAGGAGGAGUCGGUACCGGGGGAGAAGCAGCAGGAAAAUAAGGAGCCGGGAUUAGAAAGCGGAUCACCGGUUCGCGGGGAACUGCAGGACCGGGCCGAUGUUGGAAAUGCUGGGGGAGGAGGGGAGUCUGAGAUGAAGAACGGGAACGGGAAUCCGUCGAGGGUGAACAAUAAUCAAAAUGAUACCACCGGACCUGAAGGAAAUAACCACCCAGGUAUGGUACAUCACCAUGCACCCGGGUUUCCGCCACCUUCCUAUGGCUACAGUCAGCAGUACGGCCGGGCUUUUCAUCAACAUGGCGGACAACAAAGCCCUGGCAUGGCAGCUGCAGCGGGGCCAGGCGCGCUGUCGAGCAACAUGAUGGACCCGUAUCAGCCCAACUCUCAUGAACACGGCUUCCCUAACCACCAGUUCAACAACUACAGUCCGUACGGGAACCGAAGCCCGUACCCGGGGCAGGGCUACGGCAUGAACUCCCCGCGCAGCGCUCCUCAAGCUCAGGCGGUAGGGGGGCAGUCAGCCAAGCAACAGCAGCCAGCAGCGGGAGGAUCUAUGGCUGCAUCUUACAAUAAUCAGAGGUAUAACAUGGGAAAUCCACAGCCAACAUCUACCCCGACCCUCAACCAACUCCUCACCUCCCCGAGUGGUGCCAGGGGCUACCCAAACUACACACCGAGCGACUACAACAGCCAGGAUGGUGCUAAGGGACCAGCAGAUAUGGGCAGCAGUGGGCAGUAUGGUGGGGGCCAUCCGGGUUGGCAACAAAGGACCCAUCACCCGCCGCCCAUGAGUCCUGGAAGUACCGGGCAGGCUAUGGGUAGAAACCAGACGCCAGGCUCUAUGGAUCAGAUGGGGAAAAUGCGAGCUCAGCCAUAUGGGUCAGGUGGUCCUUAUUCACAGCAGCCCCAUCAGGGACCACCUCCAGGGCCCCAGCAGGGUCCUCCUUACCCAGGCCAGGGUUAUGGGCCCGCUGGCCCUCAAAGAUACCCUAUAGGCAUGCAGGGACGUAUGCAGUACAGCCAACAGAUGCCAUCGUAUGGACAACAGGGACCAGGGGCCUAUGGGCAGCAGGGGCAACAGCCGUAUUAUGGCCAGCAUGGCCAGGGUCCUCUCUCUGGCCAGCAGCAGUCACCAUAUCCCCAGCCUUCUGCUGGCCAACCAGGAGGUCAAGGACCUUAUUCACAGCAACCUCACGCCCCCCAACCAUCUGGUCCACACGGACAGGCCGGUGCCCCGUACCAGCAUCCCCACAUGCCCCAGCAGCCCCAGGCGCAAAUACCCGGCCCAUCCCAGUCCACGUACUCGCAGACCUCUGCGACACCCCAGUCCGCUCAGUCCCCUUACCCCCAGCAACAGGUGCCUCAGUCUCAGCCCCCACAGCAGGGGAACUCGCAGGCCCCUCCUGCAUCCCAGACCCAGCCUAGCUACCCGCCUGGCCAAGGCUCCCAGCAGCCAUCAUCACAGCAGCCACCGCAGACGUCCACACCUGCAUCCCAGCAGCCCGCUGGACACGGACAGAUGUCGCAGGCACCGCCCACAACGUACUCCCAGAAUCCCCCACAACAACAACAACAACAGCAGCAGCAGCAGCAGCAAUCGCCAUUUCAGCGCUUUCCUCCUCCUCCUCAGGAGAUUUCCCAAGAGUCUUUUAGCUCUCAGUCCAGUGCACCUCCUUCCAGUCAGCCUCUGGCAUCUAAGGGAAGUACAGAGGACAUCCAGGGCAGACCCUCAAGUCUACCAGAUCUCUCUGGCUCUAUUGAUGACCUGCCUACUGGUACAGAGGGCACUUUGAGCCCUGGAGUCAGCACAUCUGGAGUAUCCAGCAGUCAAGGAGAACAGAGUAAUCCUGCACAGUCACCCUUCUCCCCCCACACGUCUCCCCCAGUGGGCUCGCCUGCAUCUCGCUCUGGCCCUUUGUCCCCUGCCACAAUUCCAGGGAACCAGAUGCCUCCUCGUCCUUCAAGUGGACAGUCUGAAGUGGUCAUGCACCCUUCCAUGAACAUGCCUGGCAUGGGCCAAGACAGAGCAUAUAUUCAGAGAAACCCUCAGAUGGCACCCUAUGGUUCUCCACAAUCUGCAUUGUCACCUCGUCAGUCUUCUGGAGGCCAGGUGCAUGCUGGGAUGGUUCCUUUUCAGCAAAACAACUCUAUGGGCAACUACGGGCCUCAGGGUGGUCAGUAUGGCCCGCAAGGUUUCCCUAGGCAACCUGGUUACAGUGGCAUGCCUAAUGCCAGUUACUCAGGUCCUGGCAUGGGUGGAUCCAUGAACCCUAUGUCUGGACAAGGAGGAGGGCCAAUGUAUCCUGGCAUGCCUUCUGCUAGGAUGCCUCAUGGCCAGAUGGGUGCACGUCCUUAUGGCCCGAACAUGGGUCCCAACAUGAGUCCCAAUGUGGGCCCUAAUAUGGGCAACAUGCCGCCUCAAGUAGGAUCGGGGAUGUGCCCACCCCCAGGCCUUAACAGAAAGCCACAGGACGCUGCUGCAAUGCAGCACGGACCAGCAAACUCCAUACACAACAGGCUACCGGGAUACCCCAAUAUGUCUCCUGGUCCGGGUAUGAUGAGUUCAGGUCCUCCAUAUGGACCGUCCAUGAACAACAUGCCAGGGAUGAUGAACCCACAGGGUCCUACCUUUCCCAUGGGUGGUAACAUGGCGAACAACACUAGUGGCAUGUCCCCUGGUCCUGAUUUUGGGAUGGAUGGAAAACUAAACCAGACACAAAAAAUAAAUAAUAAAGCUGAGGGGACACCUAAGACAGAAUCAAAAUCCAAGAAGUCAAAUUCCUCCACAACAACCAAUGAGAAGAUCACUCGAUUGUAUGAGCUUGGCCCAGAGCCAGAAAGAAAGAUGUGGGUGGACCGUUACCUGGCUUUCAUUGAGGAGAAAGCUUUGGGCAUGAGUAACCUACCAGCUGUGGGACGCAAGCCCCUUGAUCUCUUCCGCCUCUACAUGUGCGUCAAAGAGAUUGGAGGUCUUACACAGGUAAAUAAGAACAAAAAAUGGAGGGAGUUGGCCACAAAUCUGAAUGUAGGGACCUCCAGCAGUGCAGCCAGCUCUCUGAAAAAGCAGUACAUCCAGUGUCUAUAUGCUUUUGAAUGUAAGAUUGAGCGUGGAGAGGACCCACCACCUGACAUUAUUUCUGGAGAUACCAAAAAGAACCAGGCAAAAAUUCAGCCUCCCUCCCCAGCUGGUUCUGGCUCUCUCCAGGGGCCGCAGACUCCGCAGUCCACCAGUAGCUCCAUGGCGGAAAGCGGAGACCUGAAGCCUCCCACUCCUGCCUCUACCCCACACAGCCAAAUGCCCCCAAUGCAAAGUGGCAGGAGCAGUGUGAACCUGCAGGAUCCUUUUGCUGAUGACCCAGCCUUUUCUCGGAGAAACACUAUGACACCCAACUCCGGCUACCAGUCGGGCAUGAGCACUCCAGAGAUGCCUGGUCGAAUGGGACCCUACGAACCAAGUAAAGACCACUUCAGUGGCAUGCGUAAAGUUGGAGAGCAGUUUAUACCUGGUGGACAGGGACCCAACACCGGUCUCGGUGAUCAGUUCAACAGGGGACCGCCAGGCCCUAUGGGAAACAUGCCCAUGGGUCAGAGGCACCAGUAUCCAUAUGGUCCUGGUUAUGACAGAAGGCCAGAGACAGGGAUAGGCCCAGAAGGCAGCAUGGGGCCUGGAGUGCCACAGCCAAACAUUCUGCCUGCUAAUGCUGAAUCUGGGAUGUAUUCACCAAAUCGAUACCCUCCACAGCAACAGCGGCAUGAACCGUAUGCUAAUCAGUAUCCUGGGCAGGGUGCGCCUCCUGGUGGCUCCUAUCCGAAUCAGCAGCCUGGAAUGUACCCACAACAACAAUCGAACUACAAAAGGCCAGGUGAUGGAAGCUACCCACCAGCUAAACGGCAUCACGAUGGUGAGAUGUUCAGUGGACCAUACAAUGCACAGCAGCCACCGUCACAGGCUCCCCCUAGUGGUCCCUCAACUGGUCAGCAAGAGAUGUUUAACCAAUAUAACAGUUCUUAUCCUGGCUCAGAGCACCGUCCACCUGGUCCUCAGAAUCAGUACCCUUUCCCCUUUGGAAGGGAUCGGAUGCAAGCGGGGACAGGCCCUAACUCACAGGGUUCCAUGCCGCCUCAAAUGAUAGGCAGUCCAAUGCAGUCCGGCCCUGAUGUUCCUCAAGGUGCCAUGUGGCAGGGCCGAGGUGAUAUGGGCUAUGGUAGUUACCCCAACCGUCAGGGACCUCCUACCGGUCCUGGACAGGGCCCUGCAUACCAUUCGAUGAACCGAUCUGAAGAGAUGAUGUCAUCUGAGCCACGCAUGAAUCAUGAUGGGCAGUGGCCUGGCCCACGACAGCCCCCGUAUGGCUCUGUUGGUGCAGGCCCACCAAUGAGUAGACCUUUGCAGUCCAACUACCAGUCUCCCCAAACCAUGCAGAACCACAUUCCACAGGUGUCAAGCCCCACGCCCAUGCCCCGACCCAUGGAAAGCAGGACUUCGCCUAGCAAAUCGCCCUACAAUAUCAAAAUGCAAAAGGCGGGACCUCCAGUCCCUGCAUCUCACAUUGUACCUCCCCCAGUACAGCCUCCACUAAUGAGAAGAGACCUGCCCUUCCCUCCUGGCUCCCUAGAGGCCACACAACCCAUUCUCAAAUCACGUAGACGUCUUACCAUGAAAGAGAUUGGCACUCCAGAAGCAUGGAGAGUCAUGAUGUCCCUAAAAUCAGGACUGUUGGCUGAGAGCACAUGGGCUUUAGAUACCAUCAACAUCCUGUUGUAUGAUGACAACAGUAUUUCAAAUUUCAACCUUAUUCAGCUCCCGGGUUUCCUGGAACUAAUAGUAGAGUAUUUCCGCCGUUGCCUCAUUGAGAUCUUUGGCAUCCUGAAGGAAUAUGAGGUCGGUGAUCCGGGACAAAGGGCUCUAUUGGAUCCUAGUGUGCUCCAAAAAGAUGAAAAUACUGUAGAUGACGAAACACUGAUAGAGGGCAUGGAGGAAGAUGGACAAAUGGAGGAGGAAGAUGAAGGAGAGGAAAUACAGGCGUCAAAACCGGAGGAACAACACAUUGCUCAAGAACCUCUCCAAAUUAAACAGGAAGACAAGCAGAUGACUUGUGAAGAAUCUGUGAAGAAAGAAGAUGGGCAAGCAAUAGACGGAGAACCCAAUACUUCAGAUCCACCAUCUCUAGAGGUGGCUGUGGCUCAGGAAAGGCCCAAGCAGGCUAGCAAGUUUGAUAAGCUUCCUUUAAAGGUUGUAAGAAAAAAUGAUUCUUUUGUGGUGGACUGCUCGAAUAAACUUGGCCGGUUGCAGGAAUUUGAUAGUGGCCUACUGCACUGGAGUAUUGGUGGAGGUGAUACAACAGAACACAUCCAGACACACUUUGAAAGCAAGAUGGACCUGUCACAUCUACGAAAACGGAUUCUUCCUGUCCAGGCCUCGGACAAAAAGAAAGCAGUGCCGAAGGAUAGCCAAGCACCUUCACCGUCAUCCAGUGAAGAGCACAGGAAGGAAAUGGACCGACAACCUUCUGAGCAGUCAUCUACUGAAAAUGUGACUAAUGGAAUUUCAGAUACGAUUGACGAAAGGCCUGCUGACUGCUUAGAAUCUGAGGGAAAAUCAAAUGUAGAGAAAGAUCAAGAGAAGCAAGGAUCAGAGACAACAACUCCAGAGAACAUCAGGCCUGCACCUCCAAGCCCAGCGUUACUGGGCCAGCGCUCCAUUGCCAUCUUAGAAGAUGAGCCACACAGCAAGGAUGAAGCUCCACUUGUCACACUUUCUGACUGGCAAGAUUCCCUCUCUCGUCGCUGCAUGUGUGUCUCCAACAUUGUCCGCAGCCUCUCAUUCGUUCCAGGCAACGACCUGGAGAUGUCAAAGCAUCCAGGGUUGCUGCUACUACUGGGUCGCCUUUUGCUUCUCCACCAUCGGCAUCCAGAACGCAAGCAGGCCCCUUUAACUUAUGAGAAAGAAGAGGAGGUGGAUGAGAGUGUUGGUAAGAAGAAAGACGAGUGGUGGUGGGACUGUCUGGAACUGCUGCGGGAAAAUUGCUUGGUUACUCUUGCCAACAUCUCAGGCCAGCUUGAUUUCUCUGUCUACACUGAGAGCAUCUGCCUGCCACUGCUGGAUGGCUUGCUCCAUUGGGCUGUUUGUCCUUCAGCUGAAGCCCAAGACCCCUUCCCUAGUCUCGGGCUUAACGGUUCAUUGUCCCCUCAGAGACUAGUCCUGGAGACCCUCUGUAAGCUCAGCAUUCAGGACAACAAUGUGGACCUCAUUCUGGCAACGGCACCUUUUAGUAGAUUAGAGAAGUUGUUCGGGAACCUUGUACGACUAGUUGGAGAACGAAAGGUGCCUGUCUGCCGGGAGAUGGCAGUCGUGUUGCUAGCCAAUCUUGCACAGGGUGACAGCAUGGCAGCCCGUGCCAUUGCGGUACAGAAAGGGAGUGUAGGGAAUCUUUUGGGCUUCUUGGAGGACAGCUUAGCGGCUACACAGUUCCAACAGAGCCAAGGUUCCCUAAUGCACAUGCAGGGAACACACUUCGAGCCGACAAGUGUGGACAUGAUGAGGCGAGCUGCUCGGGCUCUGCUUGCUUUCGCGAAGGUGGAGGAGAACCACUCUGAGUUUACGCUCUAUGAAUCACGGCUACUGGACCUUUCUGUCUCUCCCCUUAUGAACUCUAUGGUGUCCCACGUCAUCUGUGAUGUACUCUUUUUGAUAGGCCAGUCAUGACAGCUGUGCGGAGCUAUGGCUCCACCUUCUCUGGUUUUCAUACUUCCCCCUUGCCUGCCCUCCCCCUUGGUGAGUGGGGACUGAAAGCAGAGGAAAAUGACUGUUUCGGUUUUUUUAUUUAUGCAAGCCCUUUCAUAUUACACCCACUGGUCCCCCUUUUCUCUGCGUCUCACUUUGGGAAGGGUGUCACGAAUAUGCUGUGGAUCAUGAACCAGAGCCUCAACACACUGACACAAACUUUAACACUGAUGCCAACUUGAUGACACGGACAGGGAUCCCAACUUUUGUGUCCUGUCUGAGGGGAAAGUACUUUUUAUAAUAAAAUAAAUAAAUGAAUAAAAUGAAUAGCUUAAAAACAAACUAUUUACCAAAGUUACUGUCUUGUUUACAGUGAGUUUUGGGGUUAACUGUUCCUUUGUCCUUCCCAAGAGGGUGCAAAUAAUACACAGCUCUUGUUCACAUUUGGAGUCUAAAUAGGCGGGUGAACCCUUCAUUGUUUGGUGGUUGUAUUUUGAUGCUACACACAGUCAACCUUACUUGGAAGUGUGUACAGCAGAAAUGAGUUAUCGUUUCUGUACAGUACUCUGAAACUGUUACUACAACUUAUACUACAAACAUACUGCACUGUUCCACACGGGACAAUGUUGGCUCGGUUUUUAAAGUGUUUUUAAACAUUAGUUUGCUGGUGAAGAGAAUACUCCCCAAAGUAUCAUGAACAUACAACACCCUGACCUCUUCUCUUUAACCCUUGAUUGUAUGAAUUGACCCCUAUAAUGAAAUCACAUCCUAGGACUGGUUUUCAACUUGAGAUGCAGCUCUGGCUGUACUGUAUAUAAGAUGUUGUACAUUUACACCCCUUUUUCUCUCUUUCUCCCUCUGUCUUUCACACUAUUGCUUCUUACCCCUUUUUAUCUAUCAAGAAUGAGAACGGACACUCAAGUUGGGUUAAUUGCAUCGGUAUCCCUAGGUAUAUAAACUGAACCACCGUUUGGCCUCCACGGUUCCUUCAUAGUGCUGCAAGCAACUGAAAUAUUUUAAUUUCAUCUCCUGGUACAACUAAAUAACUCUAGAUGAAGAAACACAGUUGAGAUAUUUUUUCUCCAGUGAUAUGAAUUCUGCAUAUUUGUAUUUCAGACUAUGUAGCUUAAUGUAAAUUCCUUGUUUUUUUCCCUUUUUGGCUCAAUGAAUAUCAUUUAUUCACUAUGAAAUCUUUAUACUAUAUGUUCCACGUGGUAAGAAUAAAUGUACAUUAAAUCUUGGUAA